AUGUUAUCUAGAACUAGUGCAUCUGGUGGUGCUUCACUUGACCAAUUCGUUGACGACUGUGGGAAGCUAAUAAGGAAACGAUCGACUACUUGUGCAAGCAACUGUAGCAAUAGGAGUUUCACUUCUUCAUCCAUUGCCUCAUCAUGUCCCUCCUCAAUUUCCUCUUCUGAAUUUAAUGAUGAAGAGGUGGCAUGUUUGAAUCAUCAUCAUCAUCAGCAGCAGUAUCAUUUCUAUCAAGAAACACAUCCACUAAAUGUUAAUCAACAUGGCUCAAUCAAUAAUGAAUUUAAUAGUGGUGAGGAAUUUUAUGGAAUGGGAGUUGGAGUUGGAGGUGUGUCUCUUUCAUCAGAAAACAGCAUCAUGAGCAGUAUGAAUCUUAAUAAUUCAAUGUGCAGUCAAGAUCCUAUUCAGAACUAUUACACUUCUUCAUCGUCCAAUAGAAUCAAUAUUGAUAAAGAUGAAAUGUUAGCGAAUGCGGAGAGGAAAAAGAGUAUUUGGUACUAUGUCAAUGAAGAGGAUGAAUCUGAAAAGUACAUUUCAUCUGAAAGUAUGACAACUCUAUUGAAAGCAUUCGAAGAUCCAACAGUUCAAAUGACAAAGGUGAAACAGGUAAAGGAGAAACAACCUUCCCAAGUACAAAGACAAUUUCUGAGUUAUAUUCCACCUUCAGAGAAGACUAAACGAUAUGACGAUGUAAAUUUGACACAAAUAACAUCAAACUCGACUCAAAUUAAGGGAGGAUCUAGGCAAAAGUACUUUUUGAUUGGAGGUAAAUCAAGAAGAGGAAACAAGCAUUGA